AUGGUGGAGUAUGCACACAGCCUUGUAUGGGAUCACGAAUAUUGGACAACUCAAUCAGGAUGGAAAGCCAAAGUGCCACUCUUCCACCUGUGGCUGAUCUUUAUCUCAGCCAUUGUAGUGGAGGAGAGUCCUUGGUGGCAAAGGGAGGAACGAAAAGUGCGGACUCAAUCAAUCAAAAAGGCAUCCCGUACACCUGAGCAGGAGGAGAAUACAAAUAUGAUGAGUGCUUUUCAUACCAAACUACAGCGGAAAGGAAUCACAGUGGCUAUCCUCGCCCGACUCAAUCUGGUGGAGGCCUGCAGUCCCAAUGCUUUCAAACCAGGAAGCCGCUUUCUGAAGGACUGGAACUCCAUACAAAGGCAACGCUUGGAGCUGGGCUGGCAACUGUUUACAAGCACCUGGCACAACCAGCACACAUGUGUCCUGUGUUCUGUGCAACUACACAUAGGAGAGAAAUUCCGGGUCCCAGCCUUUAAGAUGCGUGUCCCUUCCAACUCAUUGAGACACAAGGCUUCAGAACAAUCCCUACGUGAAGAUUCAGAGUCAUCAGAUGAUGAUGAUGAAAAUCCUGGGGCAUGGUCGUAUCCAUGUUCGCGAACAACAAUACGACCCAACUGA